ACCGAGAGGUGGUGUUGACCAACCGCAGCAGGUUUUCAGUAAGAAACCUGAAAAAUCUAACUUUCUAAGGCAACUGACAGUAACGCUAAGACCUUAAUUUUUAACGGAAGGGUCCGCGGUGCCGGAGCUAAGGCGACGCGACAGAGAGAAGAAAGUAAAUCCCGGAGGGAAAGCGCCCGAAGUGAGCUUGAGGAUCAAAGCUAAUGCUAACUUAGCCAGCCAUUGCUAAAUAAUUAUACGGAAACUCGUGUUAUUUUAUUAGACGCUUGCUUUGACAUACGCAUUGUGGUUACAAAGUGGGAAGUCGGGGGGAAAUCUGUUAAGUUAUAUGCUACAUUUAAUUUAAAUAGCGAGGUGUUUUGCCUUUCCAUUUUAGGCCACAAGCGACUGGUAUUCACUUGGCGAGAUUAGCUACAAUAGCCGGUGUUAUUGAGGUUACACCGGCUCUGCGCUCCUCAGGACAGGUGAUACUGUUAAAGAUAGUUCACUGCUAAAGGAACUUUACAUCGGGAGGUAUCAGUGUUUAUAAGUUAGCUUACACUUGGUACUGUCUAAGCCUUGUGCUUCGCAAUGCUGAAACAACAGCAGCAACCCGGCUCAGGCGGGAGAAAAGCGUCAAACGGAACCUCGGGCCCCGCCGGUAUGCCUUCCCCAGUCAGCGGCAUCAACAGCGGCAACAGGACACCGGCCGGGAGGAAUCGAACUUCUGCAAAGCCAUCAUUCCAGUCAUCUCCCGUUUUUGAGGGUGUGUACAACAAUGCCAGAAUGCUUCAUUUCCUCACAGCUGUUGUGGGUUCUACCUGUGACAUAAGAGUGAAGAAUGGCAGUGUAUUUGAAGGCAUAUUCAAGACUUUAAGUUCUCGGUGUGAGUUGGCUGUGGACGCUGUACACAAACGCAGUGAAGAGGAGGGAUCAACAUCAGUCCUGCCACGGAGAGAGGACAUCACUGACACUAUGAUCUUCAGUCCUUCAGACCUGGUGACAAUGAUCUGCAGAGAUGUCGACCUCAACUAUGCCACCAGAGACACCUUCACAGACACAGCCAUCACCUCCACCCGCGUCAAUGGAGAACACAAGGAGAAGGUCUUGCAGAGAUGGGAGGGAGGAGACAGCAAUGGAGAGAGUUACGAUCUGGAAAAUGAUGCGUCCAAUGGCUGGGAUGCCAACGAAAUGUUCCGCUACAAUGAAGUAAAAUAUGGAGUCACAUCAACAUAUGAUUCCAGCCUCUCCAUGUAUACUGUGCCACUGGAAAGAGGAAACUCUGAGGUGUAUCGGCAGAGGGAGGCGCGCGCCGCUCGCCUGGCCAGUGAGAUUGAGUCAAGCCCCCAGUAUCGCCAUCGUGUGAGCCUGGAAAACGAUGAGGGCAAAAGCGAAGAAGACAAAUACAGCGCUGUGGUGCGGGAUGGCAACGAUCGGGAGAGGGGCCGCGAGAGUCCCCGUGACAGAGACCGCGAAAGGGGCCGAGACAGCCCUGGAGCCAGUAACAGGGAGGGCAAGUACAUUCCAUUACCUCAGCGUCAGAGAGAAAUGAACCGGGAGCGAGAGCGAGCCGAGAGGGGUCCUGGUGGGCCUCAAUCCCAUAACCGUCUAAGCGGAGGUUACCGCUCCACCCCUCCAUCCUCCUCUUCCCCCAGACCCUCACUGCCCUCUGCUGCGGGGCCACAACCUGGUGUUUCCCCCUCAGAGAGAAGUAGCCCUCUGUCAGGCCGAGGCGGUGCCUACACUCCCCACCACCCCCAGGGAAGUCCCAGCCCAGGCCCGGGUUCUGGCCCUGCCAGCCCAUACACACCUGCCUCUCCUGGUGGACCAGCACCUACGCCAGCCUCUGCUUCCGCGGCCCCUUCCCCGGCCAGCCCCCCUGCCCCGCACGGACACACAGUCCCUCAUUCCCACUCACUCCCGCACUCACUGUCUGACGCUGGCAGGCCUGUUAAUGGAGUCUCUGCCAGAACAUCUCCUAAAGCCCAAAGACCUCCACAGUCGAGCAGGACAGCCCGCCCUUCAAACUCACACACUCAAUCCACAGCUACUCGCUCUCCUAAAUCAGGCUCUUCCCAGGACACACCUUAUCUAGACACAUCUUCUGUCUCCCUGCCCGCCCAGAAGACGUCUGGCCCCGCCCCUCUCUUCCCUGUAGAUGUGAAUGAGAUCCUUGGUGCAGCUGCAAAAGAACGUUCAGCCGAGAGCCCCAGCAGCACGGAGGAAAGCAAGAGCAGUAAAGCUCCAUCAGUGCAGCAAAGGUCGCAGAUUGAGGAGCUGCGGAAAUUUGGCAAGGAAUUCAGGCUCCAGCCAAGUGGAGGUAGCUCGAGCUCUCCCAGCUCUCCAGCAGCAGCAACCCCUCCUGCCGUCAGUGAGGUCGCCCAGCCCAACACAGCCAAAGCCUCACCAUCAGACGCUCACCCUGCUUCAGACCCUAAACCUCAGCCUCCAGCUCCCAGCCCCUCUCAGCCCCAACCUCAGCCUUCACCAGCUCCUGCUGAGGACCCCAGCAAGGACACCACAGCUACAUCUGGCACCGCAUCGGCUGCCACCACAGUGCCUGUUUCAGACAGGCAGUCGCCAGCUGCCCCGCAGCCAGCCAGGACCCCGGGAAGUGAGGAGGCCAGGUCUGAGACGUCGGAGCGGACGGAGGGUGUGGCAGACCAAGUAAAGAAAUCAACCUUAAACCCCAACGCUAAAGAGUUCAACCCUAUUAAACCUCAGAUGCCUAUGGCGAAGCCCAACACUGCGCCCACUCCACCUCGGCCAACUCCUCCAAGCCCAGUGGUCCUUCACCCAGGUGGACAGGGACCACUCUACACUGCCCCCUACCUCUCUUACGUCUCGCAGAUUCACUCUGUGCAGCCACCACCAAUGUAUCAGUACACCAUGUCUACAGUCAACCAGGGAAAAUACCCCAGGACCAAAGGCUCAGUAGUGGCCCCUCGCUCUGACCAUGGUACUUCAGCGCCCCCCAUGCUGCAAGCUGCAGCCUCAGCAGCUGGGGCCCCGCUGGUAGCAUCCCCCUACCCUCAGUCCUACCUUCAGUACAACCCACAGCAGUACGGCCAGCAGCAGGUCAUCCAGGCCAUGACUCCCUACCCUGGACAGCCGAUGUACUCCAUGCUGCAGAGUGGAGCCAGGAUGAUAGGUCAAGGCGGGGGUCCCCAUCCACAAGCGCUGGGACCCCCAGGAGGCCCCCAGUUUCAAACACAGGGAGAUGGACCUCAGGGUCCACAGCAGGGCAUCUACGCUCCACAGUCCUUCUCUCACCACUCGGGGGCAGUGCAUCAGCCUCAGCCUUCCAGCACCCCAACUGGCAACCAGCCCCCUCCCCAGCACGCUGCACCUAGCCCUGGACAGAACGCCCAGUCAGGCCCACAGCCACAGUCCUUGUACCACUCAGGUCCCCUGUCAGCACCCACCCCACCCAACAUGCCACCAGGCCACACGUCUCCACAGGGCUCUUACCCCAUUCAGGGUUACAGCAUCCAUAGCCACCAGGGCAUCCCACCCACAUACCCCCUGGGACAGUUGACACAGGCCCACGUACAGGGAGCCAUGUCGGGUCCCCACCACUCGGGGAGCCACGGUCAGCCCCAGUUAGUGAUGUUGCAGCCGCCCCCUCAGCAGGGCCCUGGCUCAGUGCCCCAGCACCCCCAGCACGGACCUCAGCAAGGAGCACAUCAGCACUUCUACAUAGGACAUCCACAAGCAAUGCAGGUACAAACGCACCCUGCUUCCUUCCAUCCGCCUGGAAACUAAAUCCCCUCCAGACCAACCCCCACCCUCCCAAACUGCCCCCUGGAAUGAGCCCCAACAUCCCCACUUCCUGCUGGAUGUGAGGCCCAGACUGAAUGCAACAGACAGGAUCGCACAGAGGAGAGAAGAGGACAAAAGUCUCACAGCACCUUAUUCUUCUGCUGUAAUGUUCUUCAUCAGUACAAACCUUGGUGUCAGCUCCAGACGAGGACCUUUUUUUAAUGUUAAUGAUGAAGGUGGCAGACUACAGCAGCAGCGUCCGACCUCUGCUGCCAUCCUGCUCUUCUUUCCUACUUCUUCCCUUUUCGGGGCAUCUUGCUGGGCGGACCAGUCAGAGAGGAAAGAACACGGAUGAAAAACAGCAGCAGACACUUCCAGCAAUGUGUUUUUAGCCUUGUGGGGUUUUGUAAGUACCAUGAUACAAAACACAGACUGUCGUGGGAUUCUCAUGAAUACAGCAUGAAAGGAGGGAUUUGUAGAGGAGAGGGGAUUUUUAGCAAAUCACUUUUUUUUCUUUUCUUUUUUAACUUGAUCCAGUAGUUAAAACCACCCCUUUGCCCUUCUUCUCUCCUGUAGGAAAAUAUAAUUAAUAAAAAAAUGGACAAGAUGGACAAAAAAAAUAUUAAAACAACAA